UAUUUUUUAUUUUUUUUUUGGUUUUUUCGAGACAGGGUUUCUCUGUGUAGCUUUGCGCCUCUCCUGGAACUCACUUGGUAGCCCAGGCUGGCCUCGAACUCACAGAGAUCCGCCUGGCUCUGCCUCCCGAGUGCUGGGAUUAGACUCAUUUCUUUUAAAGAUGAGUUUUCCCCUAGUGCAGAAAGCGUGAGUGGGGAAAUCGCGGCCCAGGUCUUCCGGGGGCGGGGACUCCAGAGCAGGAGGGGGGAACCGGACGGCUUCCAGCUGCAGGGCAGACGAGCGCCCAGGUCCCCAGGUCCCCCCGGCUGUCCUCGGGGCCAUGAUGCAGCCGAGACUCUAGGCGACCCCCAGGCGAGGCGCCGACCCACCACGGCGGCACCGGGUGCAUGCCAGUUGUCCGACUAGCAUGCAGCCCGUACCUGCGAGCAUCCCGAGCGGCCGCCGCUGCGGAGCCGCAACCACAGCGCGACCUGAGGACGCGGCGCCAGCCGCUGGUCAUUUUUCUCUAUAGAGAGCCAGAAGAGAAAACAACCAUAGAAGAGAAAGUGCCAAAAUCUCGGUUUGGUUUGUUUUCUUGGCUGUCGUAAGCUAAUUUGUUUAUGAAAAUGCCCAGCGUGUGUAAUCUGAAUAACUGGAGGCGAUGGAUCCGACCCCUGGUCAUACUUACUUAUGUAGUUAGUUAGCAUGCUGAUCUUUCUUACCUUGUGUGUUUGGAAAUCUCAUACAGCAGAGAAGUUUGCCAUGUACUGCCUCGUGCUGUUUUACAACGUGCUGAAGGAAGAGCUCAGCCCUAUAAAACCCGUUGGCAAAUUUCUUUGUGUCAAACUCAUAGUCUUUCCCUCAUUCUUGCAAGCAGUCCUCUUAGCAGUAUUGGUCAAUGUUGGCUUUAUUUCGGAAAAGCAUACGUGGGAAUGGCAGAGUGCGGCGGAAGCUGUGACCACGGGCCUGCAGGAUUUCAUAAUAUGCCUUGAAAUGUUCCUUGUGGCCAUUGCCCAUUACCAUGUAUUCUCCUACAAACCCUACGUGCAAGAGGCAGAGGAAGGCUCUUGCUUUGAUUCUUUUCUGGCCAUGUGGGAUGUAUCUGAUGUCAGAGAAGAUAUUUCCCAACAAGUAAGACGCCUGGGGAGAAAAAUGAGAGGGGAUCAGAAAAAAAAAAAAAAAAAUGUCUUCCUGAAGACCCGGAACAUACCGAACACCAAGGUCAUACAGUUUAUCCAGGUUCAAAGCCAUCCUCACACCUGGGCCAAAGCAACAGUUAAGAUCUGCACACUUGAUUACUUCAGAGAAUACAGCCGCUGCCUCCAAGUCAUGUGAUGAUGACUUUGUCAUUGAUAUCAAAGCAGAACAGGAACUUGCUGAUAAAGGCCAACAUCAAGACUUAGAAGACACAGAUACUUCACAGGAUGCACUUUCUGAGGCCAAGCUAUGUGAAGAUGUAAUGAUUAAUAUCCCAGAAGAGCAGAAGGAGCCCCCUGACUAAUAAACUUAUAUAUUAUCUUAAAGGGAGAACAAUGAAAUGUUAUCCAGAAAAAAAAAAGUUUUCCUGAAGACUCGGAACAUUCUGAACACACAAGUUUGCUUUCCUGAUCAUCACAAGAUGCAGUAUCUGCAGGUUCAAAGCCAUCCUCACUUGCCCCAGGACCAGUAUCAGGGCUUUGGACACACGAUACUUCACAGAAUGCAGCUGCUGCAUCCAAGUCAUGUGAAGACAUUGUGAUUGAUGUCCCAGAAGAGCAGGAACCUCCUGAUACAGGCUAACAUCAAGACUUGGAAGACACAGUUGCUUCAUAGGAUACACGUUCUGAGGCCAAGCUAUCUGAAGAUGUCAUUAUUGAUAUCCCAGAAGGGCAGAAGGAGCCCCCUAACCAGUCAAAGGAUUCUUAAAGCUGCCACAAUCCUCUUUGUGUGUAGGCUCAAGAUCUGGACAGUUCAAAAUGUUGGAAAAAUUCCAAGAUAGGCCAAAACCAGAUAUAAAUACUAUACAUAAUAUACACAUAUGUAUAAUACUAAUACGCACAUGUUAGUAUAUACAUAUUUGUGUAUGUUUUAUAUAUCACAAAUAACAUUUACAUUUCCUACGCUUUGGCUUUUUUAAACUGUUAAGGUGUCAUAUUCAAACAGUAGGUAACAACUUCAGCUGAACACUUGCAUUUCUCAGGAGGAUGGACAUUUGAAAAAAAAAUCAGUGCUGCUUAUCACUGCAUGAAUGUAAUGCUCUGGACUGAAAAUGUAAAUAUAAAAUUAAGGUUAAUUUAAUCAUAAUCAUAAUUAUGUGCCAUAUAGUUUACAUAACUAUACUUCAAUUACCUGCAUUUCAAUAGAUGCAAUACCAUUUUCUGAAACUCUUACAUAGCUUCCUCUUUUCCUCUUUUCUUUUGUCUUUUUUUUUUUUUUUUUUGAGACAGGGUUUCUUUGUAUAUCCUUGGCUGUCCUGGAACUCCCUCUGUAGACCAGGCUUGCCUUGACUCACAGAGACCCGCCUGCCUCUGCUUCCUGAGUGCUGGGAUUAAAGGCGUGUGCCACCACCGCCCGGCUAGUAAGACUUUUUAAUAAAAGUACCAUUGAACAUUU